AAAUAUAAAUAACUUUGUUUUCUACUACUAAUUUCUCAUCUCCUUCUUGUUAUCCCCAGUCACGGGCCUACAGAAGAUUUGUAUGUUCCACAAACUUCUCACAUUGCAUGGGAAACACAGAAAUAGUUCUGCGGAUUAUAUCACAAAUUUAGAUCUGUGGAUCAUCAAAAGUUUCAAAAUUAGAUGCAUUUGCUAUAUAUAGAAUAUGUACUUACUGAUUGCCCUUAUCUUUGUACCUGGAAAUCCAAAUUCUUGUUAUUCUGAGGCUUCCCUAAACAUGGGAUUUUCCCAUAAAGUUGUUACAUUUCUCUCCAAUUCCUUUCCUUCUCAUAUUCAGGAAUUUCUUUAGCCUUGCCUUUGGGCAAGGUUUUCAGCCCUUCUUUGUUUUCUUCUCUCCAUUGUUCCAACAUUAAUUCAAAAUAUUCUAAAUUUCUCGAAAAUUGUGCCGCAGAAGAUGGCUCCAUGGAGGAAUUUUCUGAUUUUUUUAUGUGCUUUUGAUCCUUUGUAGAUGAUUUAUUGAUGAGUGGACAGGGAAGAAAAAUGGAGAAUAAAGGACAUAUUUUGAUGAAAAGGUACGAGCUGGGGAAAUUGCUCGGACAAGGGACUUUUGCAAAGGUUUAUCAUGCGAGAAACCUUAAAACUGGCCAGAGCGUGGCUGUUAAAAUCAUUGAUAAAGAGAAGGUAAUGAAAAUUGGUUUGAUCGAUCAAAUCAAACGUGAGAUUUCUGUAAUGAGGCUAGUGAAGCACCCCAAUGUUGUUCAGUUGUACGAGGUUAUGGCCAGCAAAUCCAACAUAUAUUUCGCCAUGGAAUACGUUAAAGGCGGCGAGCUUUUCAACAAGGUGGCUAAAGGAAGACUCAAGGAAGAGGACGCCCGGAAAUAUUUCCAACAGUUGAUUGCCGCGGUCGAUUUUUGCCACAGCCAGGGUGUCUACCACCGCGAUUUGAAGCCAGAAAAUCUCCUUCUUGAUGAAGCAGGGAACUUGAAGGUGUCGGAUUUUGGGCUGAGUGCAUUGCUGGAAUCGAAAAGGCAAGACGGCCUUUUGCAUACAACUUGUGGGACUCCAGCAUAUGUGGCGCCGGAGGUGAUAAACAAGAGGGGCUAUGACGGCGAAAAGGCAGACAUUUGGUCAUGUGGAGUCAUUCUCUUUGUUUUGCUAGCUGGUUAUCUUCCAUUUCAUGAUAGUAAUCUCAUGGAAAUGUAUAGGAAAAUAAGGAAAAGUGAAUUCAGGUGCCCACAAUGGUUCCCUCAUGAGGUUAGAAAGCUUCUUUCAAGAAUUCUUGAUCCAAAUCCAUUUACAAGAAUUACAGUAGCUAGGCUCAUGGAAAAUGCCUGGUUCAGAAAAGGGUUCAAGCAAAUUGAAGUCGCAGAUCUUGAUCUCGACGAGGAAGAUUUUCCUCGCAACAUUUUUGACGCCAUUGAUUCAGAUUCAGAGGGUUGUUCUUCCAAAGGGAAAGAAGAAAAGAAAAAAUUUCCUAGGCUGCAUAGUUUAAAUGCAUUUGAUAUAAUCUCUCAGUCCCCAGGAUUCGAUCUGUCGGGUUUAUUCGAAAAAGACUUGAAGAACAAGGCCGAGGUAUGGUUCACAACCGAAAUGCCACCGUCACAAAUUGUGUCAAAAUUGGAGAAGGUGGCUUCGAUGGAGAGUUUCAGAGUGAAGAAAAAAGAUGGACUAGUGAAAUUGCAAGGCAGCAAGUGGGGGAGAAAAGGGCAGCUGACGAUAGAUGUCGAAAUAUUCGAGGUGACACCGUCACUUCAUGUGGUGGAGGUGAUGAAAAGUGCUGGAGAUACCUUGGAAUAUAGGAGGUUUUGUGAUCAAGAGUUGAGGCCUUCACUCAAGGAUAUAGUUUGGACUUGGCAGGAUAAUAAUUCUAGUACUAUUGAAGAACAUUUGCAGCGACAGCCUGAAGAUCAUGGACUCAACCUCAAGGCAUACUAGAGGUUCAAAAUGUAUAUUUUCAAGUAAAGAUUACAUAUGUAUCAAGUAGGGCAGAUCUUACCUCCUGCCAACAGUGGAUAGGAUAAAAAUUUCCUACUGCUGAUGUGACAGAAGAACCUUAAAGUUCUUUGCAACAUGCAUACCUUUAGAGAGCCAUACUUACGGCUCUCCGUGUCCACUGGGGACAGGAGAUAAAUUCUAUCAAGUAGGGAGUCUCUCAUUUAAUUUAGAAUAAGCUAUCCAUCUCUUUUGUUUACUAAAAUUUUUCCUUAAAUUUAGCUAUUUCCUUGGAAUGAAUUUAAGCAAAAACCCUUUGUAUAUUGGGUAAAAUAGAAUUCACCACGAUUGAAAUCUUUUUCAAAUCUAUUUCUGUUGCUGUUCUGGAAUCAA